AAAGUGGGAUCCUCUCCUUAGUUCGCUGCUGCUCAUUGCAGCUGAUCACUGGUCUUCUUCCCACCCCUAAAACCCAAAGCCCUCCUCUCUUUUUCACACACUUCACACACUGAAAAUGCGGAAGUUCACCAUUCCGCUCUCGCCAUUGCACCUGCGCAAACUGCUCCUCCUCCGCUGCUUCUCCGCCUCCCCCGAUUCCCUCACCCACCACCCCCUCCCCGCCCCUCGAUGUCCACCGCCGUCCCCGCCACUUCACCGUCCACAAUUUCUCUCUUCCAACGCCUUCUCCGCCGGCCGACGCCAGUGGUUGUCCAUCAGAAAUUUCUCCUCACAAACAGACGACCCACCCGCAGCAGCAAAUCCUCUCAAACAAAACCCUGAAAAUCCCGGAGACCAUGAAGAUUCAGUCGUUAAAUUGUUUUCCGACGAGCUCCAGAAAAAUCCAGAUGCAGAACCCCUACCUCUUCAAAAAAGACUCGAUCUUUCAUUCUCCCACGUGCAGAUUAGCCCCGCGGUGCUCCUCUCCACACUCAACAUGUCCCCUGAUGCAGGCCGUAUGGCGCUAGAUUUCCUCAAAUGGGCCAAAUCUAGACCAGGGUUUGAACCAACCGAUGAGGUUUACUCCUAUUUUGUUGAUUAUUUUGGAAGGAGGAAGGAUUUCAAAGCUACACACGAAGUUCUCGUGGAUGGCCUUGGAGUCGCUGGGGUUAAGAGUUUUGAAUCCCUCGUGGAUCGAAUGGUUCGUGCCGGUAGGCCAUCGCAAACCGUUGCAUUGUUUGAGAGGAUGGAGAAAGAUUAUGGAUUUGCGAGGAAUAUGGAUUCUUUGAAGCAGAUUGUUUCAGGUCUCUGCCACCAUGGCUUCGCUAGUUAUGCUGAAAAAAUGGUUAAGGGUUUGGCAAAUGAGUUCUUUCCAGAUGAGUUUAUAUGUGAUGCAUUGAUCGAUGGUUGGUGUGUGGAUGGGAAGUUGGAUGAAGCCAAGAGAUUGGUUGGUGAAAUGCAGAGGGGAGGCUAUGCGAUAAGUACGUAUGCAUACAACUCGAUUUUAGACUGUGUUUGCACGCUUUGUAGGAAGAAGGAUCCUUUUAGGCUUGAUGUUGAAUCAAGAAAUGUGUUGGUUGAGAUGGAGAGGAACGGUGUUCCUUGCGAUGUGGAGACAUUUAAUGUGCUUAUUACUAAUUAUUGCAAGAUUAGGAAGACCUCGGUUGCAUUAGGACUGUUCCAUAAUAUGGGGCGGUCGAGUUGUUACCCUGAUGAGACUACAUUUCUUGUGUUGAUCAAGAGUUUGUAUCAGGCUGCGCGGGUUGGUGAAGGGGAUGAGAUGAUUGAUAGGAUGAAGUCUGCGGGGUAUGGGGAGGUUCUGGAUACCAAGGCUUAUUAUGAGUUCUUGAAGAUUUUGUGUGGGAUUGAGAGGAUUGAUCAUGCCAUGAAUGUUUUUGCAAUGAUGAAGGAGGAUGGAUGCAAGCCGGGUAUCAAGACUUAUGACUUGUUGAUGGGGAAGUUGUGUGCUCAUGGGCGUCUGGAUAAAGCUAAUGCGCUCUAUAAGGAGGCGGAGAGCAGUGGACUGGCUGUGGAGCCGAAGCCGUACAAGGUUGAUCCUAGAUUUGUGAAGAAGAAGGAUACUGCGGUGAAGAAGGAGAAGAAGAGGGAGACACUUCCUGAGAAGAUGGCAAGGAAGAGGAGACGGCUUAAACAGAUUAGGUUGAGUUUUGUGAAGAAGCCAAAAAAGAUGAGGCGCCGUUCUUAUUAAGCUCCUACGGCCUUUUCUUUGUACCACCAUCAGAAUGUUGAACUCUCACAUGCGGUAAUAGUUGUCUGCUGAGAUUUCAGGCGAUAACUUCCAUUUGGAUGCUAUUCGAGCUUUUUGCCCGUCCGUUCAACUGCAUUUUCGUUAGAAAAGUAGCCGAUGCUGCCCACCGGACUUGUUUCAAGAACCCUAUAUCAAGGAUUAUUUCCCAUGUUGCAAAAAUAAAAAAGGUUGUUGGAUCAUUCCGAUAUAGUUGCUACUUUGCCGCAGUUAUCAACUUAGAUUUCCAGUUAUGUUUUUGGUUUUCUUUAUUGAAUCGUAUGUUGCUAUACCAUCGUUAACUUGCUUCA